ACAUUUAUCGGAUCGCAUCUGUGACACCUGGACCGUAUAAAUACCGAGAGAGGAGCUGGGUCACAGUCACAGACGUCACAGGUCUCAUCACAGAGGUGUACUUGUCCGUGGUCAUCAUGAAGGUGUUUGCACUAGUCCUCGCAGUCCUGGCAGUCAUCUCAGGCUGCCAUGCCAGAACUAUCCCCCUGGACGAAUGGAGGGAGUCCUGGGAAGACACAGUCGAGAAGUUUAAGGACUAUUUCACCGCCCUGAACGAGAGGGUCGACGAGACUGUGCAGAAAAUCAAGGGCUCCCAGAUCAGCAGAGAGCUGGACACCCUGAUCCAGGACAGCAUGGCCGAGCUCACCAUCUACAAGGACGACAUGCAGACCAAGCUGGCCCCCUACGCCAAAGAUGCCGCCGAGCGUCUGGGCAAUGACCUGCAGCCCCUGGUCGACAAACUCCGCGACCACAUGACAGAGGCCCGGGACCAGAUGGACAAGUACAGCCAGGAGCUUCAGACCAUGAUGGAGCAGAACGCUGACGACGUCAGGACCAGGGUCUCAGCCUACACCCGCAAGAUGAAGAAACGCCUCCAGAAGGACACCCAGGAGAUCAAGAGAAACAUUGCGGACUACAUCGAGGAGCUGCAGACCCGUGCCUCAGACAACAUGGAGGACGUGAGGUCACGUGUCAACCCGUACUUCGCUCAGGUGCGCGACAACGCCCAGGCCAAGAUCACCACCCUGAACGACCUGCUGAGGACCCAGAUGGAGAACAUGAAGAACAAGAUCCAGACCACAGCCGAGGACAUCAAAGACCGCAUGGAGGACACCGCCGAGGACUUCCGCACCACCAUGCAGGGGAAGAUGGAGCAUCUCCGCACCUGGUUUCAGCCUUACGUCUCCAUGUUCACCAUGUAAAGCCCAUAAUCAGUCUGGACGGCUUUGUUAUUCAUCACUACCUAAACUAAAGCUGCUUCUUUGUGAAUGGUUUGACGAAAGUCAUCAAUAAAAACACUGGUCCUCAAUAAUCUGUCCUAAA